GCAGAAAUCCUGCAGAGCUCGACAGCUGAGAAACGGGUGGACGUAGAGAGACAGUGGGGUGGUUUGACUGGGAAGCCUUUGUCCUCGAAAGCACAGCACUUAUUUUUUUUAUCAACUCACCCAAAGUGGAAUACAAGUGAAAGAACAUCUCCACUUUAACUGCAGUACAUGUCUUUAGCGAGAUCUAUGAAACCACACUUCAGAAGUUGAAGUAACGUUAAACACUUACUGACGUUACCAAAUGAAAACCAUGCCUGCACUUCCUACCACCAUGGUCCCUGAUUUCGACUGCUCCGGUUCCAGCUCCUCUCUAUUGGACGCCGCCUCCAGACGCUCUUCAUGGGGCAAACUAGUGCAGAAGUUAAACGACUUCAGUGGGUCCUACAACAGCAGUUGUCACAGCGUAGAUACAGACUCCGACCAUGGCAGCAGGACUGACCUGUCAGAAACAGGGUUUGAUUUCAGCUUGGAUAUGCCCUCACAUGUUGACGACACCUUGUUCUACGAUGAUCUCCAAACCAUGGAGGAGACCCUACUGAAAGAAGUUGUCGAACUCAUUGCCUGUAGCUUGAGGGAAGCUAAGAACAGUGCUCUGCGAUGCACCAAACUCCUCAUCCCAGAGAAGCUUCUAGAGCACAUUGGUAAAGAGCUCCUCCACCUGGCCGCCAGUGAGCCCUGUGGCCUGAGGGGGGCUGUCAUAGACCUCUGUGUGGAACAGGGGGAGACUUGUCAAAGCAUGGAACAGAUCGCGGUGGACCCCUACCUCGUUCCCACCUUCCAGCUCACACUGGUGCUGAGGCUUGACUCCGGAGGACUGUGGCCCAAAAUCCAAGGGCUGUUCACCACAAAGUCUCAAUCUCUAUCCAGUCCCGUGAAGAGGCCGGCAAUCAGAUUAAGCACGGGCUUCCGAGUGAUCAAGAAGAAGCUGUACAGCUCCGAGGAUUUGCUUAUUGAAGAGUGCUGAAGAAAACCAAAGACUUCCUUAAAUGUUUCUAAUAAACCUUGUCACUUGUGUCCUACCUACAACACUCAUCACAGGGCCUUAGUUAUCAGCAUUUGUGAUGCAAGUCUGGUCUGAUUUCACGGACCGCUCUGUUAGAGAAAAUGGUGGUUACAUUGUCAUGUGCAUUUCCAUUAUUUGCAGAUAGGUGCCCUCUGUUUUAAGGCACAGUUGACUGUGUGGAAAAACAGUAAACCCUUUUGUCAUUAGCGCAUACAGCACAGACUGAAAAUGAAGUUUCUUGCACUUACAAAUUAUGGGUGGUCUUACCAAUUUACUGCAAUUGUAACAUUUUGUUUUUACCUCAGUUUCUAUUGAAACCAGACUAUGGCAGCUAGCUAUACUGUAAUGUCUGUGGCCUUUUCCGAAGUUAUUUUGGCCAUCCUUUUUAUUGUACUCCAUGGUAAGUGGACUGCACCAACAUAUUUGGUCAGAGACCAACCUUGCUUACCAGUUCUGGCUCCAACUGUAGUAUCCAAUUUGUGACCCACAGGUCAAAAUUACUUGAGCCCCAUGCAUACUGAUCUGUGCAUAUAAUUUAUUUGAUAUUCAAAUAUUCACAUUGCACUGUUUUGUACUUUUCAUUUAAAGAACUUGACAAUAAACUAAAAAAUGUUUUCCAA